AUGUGGUUUUCUAUUGUGGGUAAACAAGCAUGGACUUGUGUCUCCACCCCUUUCCCCAUCCAUGAUUUACAUGCUUUCAAUGGGAAGAUAUACAACUUACACUCUCUUUCUCGAUCAUGUGAAAUCACAUGUUUAUGUGAGCUGAGACUCUAUCCAAAGCCCAAAUUGAUGUUACUUGAUACCAAAAAUAUUCCAAACCCACAUUUCACACUUUCGGAGUUUGUAAGUUUUGGUGAAAAUCUUUUCGCGAUGAAUCGGUUUGCGAGACAUCCAUUUAAGAUUCAGGAACUUGAUUUUGUAGAAAUGAAAUGGGUGUCACAUGAAAAGGCAGGAGAAGCAUAUGCAUUCUAUUUUAGCAAGUUUAAGCGUGAACCGGUGAAGGAAACGAUUCCAACCCCAACGGCGAGACUCUUUCUUAAUCCAUCCCGCUUUAAGUUCCCCAUUCUCAGUUUUAAUCAGGAAUGGGUAAAACAAGGAGUAUGCUUAGAAAAAGAAGUAUGA